GAGAGAGAGAGAGAGAGAGAGAGAGAGAGAGACCAGCGAGAUAAUAUGGCCCGGAGACCCGACGAUGACUACGAUUACCUCUUCAAAGUUGUGCUAAUCGGCGAUUCCGGCGUUGGAAAAUCCAACCUUCUUUCCCGGUUCACUCGGAAUGAGUUUUGUUUGGAGUCCAAGUCCACCAUUGGCGUCGAAUUCGCCACUCGUACUCUUCAGGUUGAGGGAAGAACCGUGAAAGCUCAGAUAUGGGACACGGCCGGUCAAGAGCGUUACAGAGCAAUAACCAGUGCUUACUAUAGGGGUGCCCUCGGAGCCCUUCUAGUAUACGAUGUAACGAAACCGAUGACUUUCGACAAUGUAAACCGUUGGUUGAAGGAACUUAGGGACCAUGCAGAUUCCAACAUAGUCAUCAUGUUAAUCGGUAACAAGACCGAUCUGAAACACCUCCGAGCAGUGGCAACAGAAGACGCACAGAGCUACGCCGAGAAAGAAGGGCUGUCAUUCAUUGAAACUUCGGCUCUUGAAGCAACAAACGUGGAGAAGGCUUUCCAAACCAUUCUCUCAGAGAUAUAUAGGAUAAUCAGUAAGAAGUCCCUCAAUUCGGAUGAGCCUGCUACUGCUAACAUCAAGGAAGGAAAAACCAUUGUGGUUGGUGAAUCAGAGGACAAUUCGAAGAAGGCUUGUUGCUCCUCUUCUUAAGUUCAGAAAAAUAUCCCCACAAUUUUUUGUAACUCUCCUCUCUCUCUCUCUCUCCCUCUUUUCUUGGUCAUCUGCUUACGCAUAUCUUUCUAGUUACCAACUCUAUUCUGUUAUUCUUGUUUGCUUGGAUUUUGUUGGUGUAUAAUUUUCAUAUAAUUUAUAUUUUACUUAGAUUUUUUUUUUUCAAGAGAUCAUUGAGAUCUCAUGUCAGAAACACUAUUGAGCGGUUCAUUUCAGAGUUUGUCUGUUUUUAUGGAAUCUCUAUGUUGGAGAAUCAAAUGUGAAUGUCUUAUUUUAAUA